AUGCACAAAGAUACUUUGUCUUCCUUAGAUGCCCAGGACCUGCUGGGGUUUUUUGUACUGACAGGAUUAAUGGGUUUUGACCCUGCCUGUUCCAUUGUAGGAGGAAGGCAUGAGAAGCAAACAUCCUCUCAACUUACUGGAGAGAUCUAUGGCCUUGAUGACUGCCUCCAACAAUACAUUAAAAAUUUUGAAAGGGAAAAAAUCAAUGGAGAACAGCUGUUGCACAUCACUCAUCAAGAACUUGAAGAACUGGGAGUCACUCGCAUUGGACACCAAGAAUUGAUCUUAGAAGCAGUUGAUCUGCUCUGUGCAUUGAAUUAUGGUUUGGAGACAGAAAACCUGAGAACACUCUCUCACAAGCUGAAUGCCUCAGCCAAAAAUCUUCAGAACUUUAUAACGGGUAGAAGGAGGAGUGGCCAUUAUGAUGGCAGGGCCUCCAGACGACUGCCAAAUGAUUUUCUUACCUCUGUUGUUGACCUGAUUGGUGCUGCAAAGAACUUGCUAGCCUGGCUGGACAGGUCUCCAUUUGUCAGUGUGACAGAAUACUCACUGCUGAAAAACAAUAUUGUUCAACUGUGCCUGGAAUUAACAACCAUUGUGCAACAGGAUUGCACAGUAUACGAAACAGAAAAUAAAAUUCUUCAUGUGUGUAAAACUUUGUCUGGAAUCUGUGACCACAUCAUCUCUCUCUCAUCUGACUCUCUGGUGUCUCAGUCAGCACAUCUUGAAGUAGUUCACCUUACUAGCGUUAUGCCCAGUGAGGGCUUGGGGAUGUAUAUCAAGUCAACAUAUGAUGGGCUGCAUGUAAUCACUGGGACUACUGAAAAUUCUCCUGCAGACCAGUGUAAGAAGAUCCAUGCAGGGGAUGAGGUGAUCCAGGUCAACCAUCAAACUGUGGUUGGCUGGCAGUUAAAGAACCUUGUAAAUGCAUUGCGGGAAGACCCAAAUGGAGUGAUCUUAACCUUGAAGAAACGUCCUCAAAACACCCUGGUUUCUGCUCCUGCACUUCUGAAGAAUGUGAGGUGGAAGCCUCUAGCACUUCAGCCUGUGAUUCCAACCAGUCCAACAAGCAGCUCCACAACACCAACCAGCACAAUGGGCAUGUCCACAAAAAUUGACAGCUCUGCUCUUCAGGACAUUUUCAUCCUCUCUCCCAUGUCAGGACUUUAUGGCCCAAGGGAUGAAAUUGGAAUAAUGUCUUGUGAUGACAUCAGCAAAUAUGGAAAGUCUGGAAUGAAAGGCUCCGAGUCACCUAGCUACUUUCUGGAGCAUGAAAGUGGAAAGUAUUACACAUUAAUUGAAGAUGAGGGACAUCCAAUGGGCUCUGAGUAUGAGAGAGGCAGAGCCACAGGAGUUCGGAGAAGAGAAAAGACACCCACUCAUGGUGACUUGAGGCCUGUUUCUAUGCCUACAGAGUUCAGCUGGAUAGGGGAGUCAAAAGAACCAAACAUGUACAAGAGAGGCAGCCGAGACUCGGAGAAUUCACUCCUACGAUACCUGAGUGAUGACAAGAUCUUGGUGAUCCAAGAAGAGCCUUUGACACAGAAAGACAACAAGAGAGACACAGGCCGCAGGUCAAGGAAAAAGGGCAAAAACACAAGUAGUCCGAACUAUCCAAUUAGCCCAUCUAUGUUAACAUCUACUGUUAGCGUUAGGCUGGAACCUGGGCAGCAAGAUGUCCUGAAUUUCUCAUUAGCUGAAAGCAACACUGUUCCACUGUACCACAGAGCAGGGGAGACAAUCGGUGGAGAUUCUGAAAGGUACGCUAGUUCUGCCAGUGACCGUCAAGGGAGCACAUCCAUGAGGAAGUCUUUCCACUACGCUUCCCUGAGGGUAAAAACCAAAAAAUGGUCCAAAGGGAGCUCUCUGACUAGUGGGAGCAGGAGGCGGAUUUCCUGCAAAGACUUGGGCCAUGGAGAUUGUGAGGGCUGGCUGUGGAAGAAAAAAGAUGCCAAAGGUUACUUUACACAGAAAUGGAAAAAAUACUGGUUUAUUCUGAAGGAUUCUUCACUGUACUGGUACACAAACCAGAAUGAUGAAAAAGCAGAAGGAUUCAUCAGUUUACCUGAGUUCAGGAUAGAUAGAGCCAUUGAAUGCAGAAGGAAACAUGCCUUCAAAGCAUGCCACCCAAAAAUUAAGAGCUUUUACUUUGCAACUGACUGUCUUGAAGAAAUGAAUAGAUGGAUGAACCGUCUGGGUCUUGCAGCCAUUGGUUAUACACCUGAUGACAAGAAUAUUCGGCCAGAUGAAGAUUACUGGAGUGAAAGUGACCAGGAUGAUAUUGAUGGCUCUUUAACCCUGAAACAGGAAGGCCCUUCAACACGAUGUGACACCUACCAUCGAACACCCUCAGUGAAUUCUUCAAGUCCGUUCCCUGAACCCAAACAUGGUCGACACUUUUCAAGCGAAUCUACCUACUCUUAUUCUUCUGCGGAGGAUUCCCGACAAGAUGCCACAGGAAGUACACACUCGUCAGGAUGCAGACCUCCCUAUCGAGAAAGGCGCUCAUGGCAGGACCUGAUAGAGACCCCCUUAACCAGUUCUGGCCUCCAUUUUCUUCAGACUGUUCCUCCUGACCCAGAAUACAUGAGUGGCCGACCUGGAAUGUCACCAGAGAGGCGAAGACAAGCAACAUUACCAGUCCAAAGACGUCACAAUCAUGAACGAGAUGGACCUUUCCCUUUGGUGGAGUGGCAAAGAGGAUAUAGUUCUCAUAACAGGCCCCAGAAGCAACGUAGUCAAAGCCUUCCACGAAACAGAGAUGUCAGGGUCAAAGGGCAUGUGAAGUCUUCAGGCAUAACAGAAGAGAAGCCUGAAGAGAAACUUCUUAUAAAAAAGCAAAAUAGUUUCUGUGAAGAAGAAAACAUAAAGGAAAUCAGGGAAAGUACAGAUGGUCUGCAAGAGCUGUACAAGUCUUUGGAACAAGCCAGCUUGUCAGCCUUUGGAGAGCAGCGUCCUUCUACCAAGCAGGAAUUCCGGAAGUCUUUUGUAAAGAGGUGCAAUGAUCCAAUUAUCAAUGAAAAACUUCAUCACAUCAGAGUUCUCAAGAGCACUUUAAAAGCAAAGGAAGGGGACCUGGUAACUAUCAACAAUCUUCUGGAUGAUCCUAACUUGACAUCAAAGAAGUUCAAAGAGUGGAAGAUAAAGAACUAUGAAUUUUUCCUGGACAUUUGUGAGUACAGCACUGCUCUGAAACCUCAAAAUGGAGCCACUGAACUUGUAACCCCCGCACCACUGCUGACACACACACAUUCAUUCAUUGAAACACAUGUCUGACAGGACUAGCACCAUGAACACUUGCUGGGUGCCAGGAGAAAUCCAAUAUGGCAAACUCUGUAAUAUUUGUAAAUGUACUCAGCAGUACUGUAAAUAACUUGGAUAAGAGAAUAGUGCCACAGGAUGCCUACUACAUUGCAUGAUAAGUAUUAUUCUGUUCUGAAUUAUUUUGUUUGCUAUUAUCAACCAACAUGCUUAUCAAGUUCUGCAUUAGAAAGAAGCAGUGCAGAAGUGUAAUGGAAAAUAUAUACCAGUAUAUUUAUUUAAGGACUGUACUAAAGCUAAGCUUAUAGUAAUGAGUUCUUACAACCAUUUUAUAUAUUUAGAUAUAUAUAUUAUAUGUAAACAUAUCUACAUAUAUAAAAGGUAACAUGGUAGUUUAUAUUUAUUUUUUAAAAUACCCUAAAAUUCACCUUUUCACAAGUUUUUCUUGAAGGAAAUAUAUAAAAAAAAUACACUGGCCACUCUUAGGGGUGCACAUUUUUUUCCAGCCUUUCCAAGCAGUGGUAGCUACCAUCUUUAUGAAAUUACAGAAGACCAGAGUAAUAAAAAAAAGUAAACUUAACCACUUUUGUGUGCCUUACAAUGUAUAGUGUAUAUAUCCAGCAAAUAGACUCUCCUUCAGCCCUAUGGGCAUACUGUACAUGCCACUUUGAUGUCGUGCUUAUUUUUAAAAGAAUGAGCUUGCCUUUAAAAGCAGUGGCCAUAGGCAUGCAAGUGUGGCACAGAAGAGGUUAAGAUACAAAUAGAAGAAACCUGGUUGUUCACCGAUGCUGUCACUUGAACUGACUUUUCUAUCUACUUUGAAGUGUUUCAUGGUAAAAGAAAAACAUCUGCUUCUGAAGAUGGUAGCUAUGGCAGUUUUCAUAAUCACACCACUGUGAAUUUAGUGCCACAAACCUGUGAGUCAUAAAUAUUAAAAUAUUGUUAUCUGAGGCAUCAAGACUGAGAAUUAAGUAAAAGAUUCUUGAACUGAUCAAUUGUUUGUAUAUCAGACUGUCAUAGAGCUGGGUAAAGAAUUCAUACUGUUCAAAAUUAUUCACCAUGUAAUUCUUUAUCUGUAGAUACUUCAUGAACAAGUUAAUUGCAAGUAUUCAAUUCAGUAUUUGAAAUUCAAUCUGUAUUAGUUAGUUUUAAAUGGAUGCAUAAAAUCACAUGGUUUCUUUCUGUUCCCUGCUUAGAAACUUGAAGAAUCAGGUUUUUGGAGUGAAUAGUUGCAUUUAUGAAAACAAAAUCUGCUUUCCAUAAAUAUUCUUGAAUAUGCACUUAAAACUCAAGUUCCUGCUAGUAAACUUAUUUAUUAGAAUAUUCUCAGAAAGCAAACAGAACAGUCAAAGCAAUUUCAUAUAUAAAUUUGAAUAAAUAUUUGCAGAAAAAUCUUUUUGCAGUAUUUGCCCAGUUCUAGUUUCACAGAAGAAAUCAAAUUGUAAAGUUCAAAUUAUUUGUGAUAUGAAAUGAAAAAAAUGGCUCAAGGAGAUAAAUUUACUUACUUUAUAGAGACAAGAAUUUAGUGAGAAAGCAUCCUUUUGUUUAGUUCAUUUACGAUAUAGUACCUGAAAAAAAGGAAUGCUACUCACUUAUUUUUCUGUUAUCGCUGUUACACCACCAUUUAUUUGAACCACAGUGGACACAGUGGUAAAAAAAUUCACCCUGAAAUAAUUCCAAGAUAUUGUUAUUAUAUUAUUAGUAGAAGAGUAUUACUGACUUUUAUAUUGGGUUCUCUGCAUCACACCAGCUCUUGAAUCAUGAAAUCAUUGCACUACAAUUAUAAUUACAUUUGGAUAGAACAUACAAAAUAAGUGCAUUUAGGUUCCUAAUUUGGCAAAGCAAUUAAGUCCAUGCUAGGUCCCAUUGAGGUCAAUGGGCCCGUAAGCAUGGGCUUAAAAGGGUAUGAUCGUGCUGCUGCUUAAAUUAAUGGCAAAAUUCCCAUUGACUUCAGAGGAGCCGGAUUAAACCCUAAGUGCUCUGCUGAAUAGUGAUGGAUUUAACCAUGCACUUAAAGUUAAGCCUGUGCCUAAGUGCUUUGCUGAACUGGAGCAAUAAUGAAGGUGCAGGGAAUAGACCGAGAAAAACUUGCCAUCACACAUUCACCAAAAUCAGAGUUGCGAUAUUCAUGCAAACAGUAAACACAAAUCUGAAUGUAUUUACUAUGUGAACAUUUUAAUUAGUGCACCACUGAAUAGAAAGAGCAUGAGAAGAGGUAUCUUUCUAACUUUUGUUCAUAUCAGAUCUAUAAAUAUUAUAGAUAUAGAUAUAGAUAUAUCUCACUAUUUUUUUAUUGCUGUCCUCCAUAUCGUGUGGAAGGAGUAUUAUGUAUUGAAAUAAGCAAUGGUGUAAGGUGGAAAAGCCACUUUGAAAUUGUACUGCAUACUGUAUGUGCAUUAACAAGAAGCUAUAGAUAGUCACAGAAUACUAAUUAAAUGGAUUGUGCUUUUGGUGUUCUUACUGAGAUUUAAACAUCUGCAUUUUGUUUCAAACCCAAACCACAGUCUGUGCUUUUGUACUAAGAUUUUAAAACAAUACUCAAGAGGGAUUCCAUUGUAUUGUAACCCAAAGAUGAAAAAAUGCCACUUGACUGGAGAACAUAUUAAAUGAAGUUUUCGGUAAACAUUAAAAAGUGAACUUACACUCUUCUUCUCAAAUAUUAAUUGGAUAGAGCUAAAAUAGAAAAAUAAUAUUUUUUCUUAGUGGAUAUGUGCCUCCAAAAAUAAACAAAAAUGAUAGCUAAGAGACUGGAUCGCAACCUUCAUUUCUCAGAGGGUUUAGUAUAAUUAAAAGAAAAAUAAUCAAAGGUAUUUCUGAAAGAUAAUGAGUGGCUGAGAUUAGACUAGGCCAUAAAACUAAUCCCUCCCAUGGCUAAGAGAUCACAACUUCUUUUGAUCAUAUUUUCUUAAAGCUUUCCUCGGCAUGAGUCUAUUCGUUUUGAAGUUCUAAGUGAUAUGAGUCUAUAUUUUACUCUUGGAGAGCCAUCCCCAUCAAAGAAGCUAAAAUGUGUUUUGGUUAUUCAGGAUUUUAAAAAGUGAGCUAAUAAGGAAAAUGAACUCUUUUUCCUUUUAGUAUACUCUGGAGAGGUUUCUCAUGGCUGGGGUUGAGACAAACUGGGAGAUAGGUUUGGAGCAAUGCUUAGUCCCUAGAACAAGAAAAAAAAUAUUUCUAAGUCUAAAACAGUAUUUUUAUUCUUUUAGCUUUUACAAAUAUCACUAACAUGUCAAUAAAGACAAAGAAUUUUGACACAUUUACUCACAUGCAUACAAAAUUCUGUACAAUAAAUAAGAAUCAGUUAAAUUCUGAUUUUCAGCUAAGAAAAUGUCAACCAGUGUAUGCCCCUCAAUUUCUGUUUAAUAUUAGGAGAAGCAGAGUUUUACUUUCUAAACCAAACAAGACAAGACUUUCUGUAUUUAGGUUUAAAAAAAA